AUGGGAAAUUAUGUCUCACAACAAUGUCGAGAAAAUAUAUUUACUAUUGAAACUCUGAAGGAUUUUCAACAUAUAGAGGACAACAGAGACCAGGGAUUAAAUAUUCGGGAAAAAGCGAAACAAAUAACCGCAUUGCUGACAGAUGAAGAACGUCUCAAGAACGAAAGGACACGUUUGGGCGGGAGUAUCAACACUGCAAAUUACCAACAACCUCAAGCUGCUUUAGGUGCGAGGAGUCGAGGAUGGUUCCGGGAGAAUAGCGCACUUGGCGGCGGAUCAGAGCGGAGGAUCCAACGUUCUGAAACUGGGACUGCAUUAGAUCCAGAAAUUGAAGAUGCUCGUCCAUCUUCAAUUGGCGAGGAAGAGAUGCAGCUUCAAAUAGCAAUAGCUCUUUCAAAAGAGGAGCAUGAAAAAAUUGAUGAAAUGAUGAGAAGUGACGAAGUCCGAUUGCAGGUAUCUUAUUACUUUUCUAAUUCAUUUCAUUCUAUUUGGUCCGUUUAAAC